AUGCACCAUCGAGAAAACGCCCACCGCACCAUCGCCGAAGCGCUUGCCCGCGAGGUACCGGAAGCGGCUCACCUCCAAGCCAUCAGAGAUGCCUGCGCAGCAACCUCACCUUCUUCCUCUGUGGACAGCCUGGAGAAAGUUCUGGAGACGUCCGCCUUCCUGCUGCUGUGCCCCGAGCAGACGGUGCGGGUGGCUCGGGCCGUGGGCCCCUUCCUACUUGAGUCCGUUGCACGAGCGCUCUCGGCCGCUCGCGCUGCUUCCGCUGGGUCGUUGCACCCCACCAUCGCCGCACCAGAAUCCAGUGUAACCAUCAAGAUGAACUUGAGCGUGGCUACCGUCUCGCCCGCGGAGCGUGCCGAGGACGUGCUGGUGGCCAUGAGCCGGCUGUUGCCCAUGGCGCCGCACGCGCUGCCGCUCGCCCUGCAGCACUGGCGGUCCUCGCCUUCCCCAUUCGACUGCAUCACGACGCUGACAGCAACAGCAGCAGCAUCGUCGUCCUCCAGUAUCAGCGUCCAAGAGGACGAGACGGCCGCGUCCGUGCUGCUGCAGAAGCGCGUCCACAAGGUCGCCGAGGCUGCGCACAAGCUCCUCUCGUGUGCUUCUGUGAGCCGGAGCAUGGCCGCCCUGUGGAACUGGUCUCCCUUCUUCGGUCUCUGUCGCCAUCGAGACGCCCUGGUGCGGUGGCGUGCCGUAGGGGUGUGCUCCUCCCUCUUGGGCCUGGACGAGCAAGGCCGACGACGGCUACUGGAGACGGCGAGGGCACUGGACGGCGGCCCGCCUUCGUCCCAAGACACGACACGGCCGUGCCAGAAUCAAGAGCAGCAGAAAAAAAAAACGUUUCAGGGGGGAACAUCAGCAGAAGAAUCCACGGCGAAGCCUGGGAGCGGGAGGCGUGCUGCAGUAGUUCUCGACGGUAACGAUGCGAAGGCAAUCUCGAAAGCCAGGCUCGACCUCUUGGAUGAUCUCCGUCGCGCGCCGUCUGCCCUGGUGCCGCCACCGCCGCCGCCCGUACGUGAACGGCAAGAAGAGUCUUCGAGAUCGGCUGCUGCGGCGGCGAGGUUUACCUUUCGCCACCACCCAUCCGUAGCCGACAUCGGCGGAAUCUUGCACGCAAAAACCGCCCCCCCUCCCAGCAGCAGCAGCAGCAGCAGCAGGGAGCAAGACCAUCGGCAUGGCAAGGGUGGAGGAGGAGUGCCCAUGCUGGUGCCAACCGCUUCUGCCCGCCGGAAUCUUUCCUCGCUUUCCCUCGCGCUCACUGUCGACCGACCGAUCCUGCUUCACGGCCCCGCCGGAUCGGGGAAGAGCCUUCUCGCCAGGGAGGCCGCCCGCCUCAUAUCCAACUCGGGAGCCGGUAUGACGGUCAGGCCGCAGCUGAAAGUCCAACCCGUAAUAUUGAACCAACCACGGCAAUCAAUUCAAAACGAUAUACAUGUACUCACUAAUCUAGCCGCUUCGCCCCACGCCGCAUUAAACCCCAUCCCGUGCGAAGCAGACGGCGUCGAUCCCGACCCCGGAGCAUCAUCGACCGCCCUCCUCGAGCUGCACCUGGACGACCAGACCGACAGCAAGUCUCUCCUGGGCGCGCACGCCUGCACCGAUGUCCCGGGCGAGUUCGCUUGGCGCCCGGGGGCCCUUACCCACGCCGCGGCCGCGGGCACCUGGGUCCUCAUCGAGGACCUCGACCGAGCCCCGUUUGAGGUGUUGGCGGCGAUCGGCCCGCUACUGGAGGGCAGGCCUCUCACCCUUCCGGGCAGGACGAGGCCCCUGAUCGCGGCACCGGGGUUCCGGGUGUUCGGCACCGUGACCACCGUCGGGGCCGGGGGGGUCGUGUUAGGUGGGGCUGCCGAUUUUGGGGCCCUCUGGACUCACGUCCCAGUCGAACCCCUUUCCGUCUCCGAAACCCUGCACGUGGCCAAGGCCCGAUAUCCUGGGCUUCCGCUGCCGGCCCUCAAGCGCAUGCUGAGGACCAUGGUGGCCGCCAAGAGCGGCAAUAGCGGCUGCGGAGGUUUCGGGUCCGCGUCUAGGUCUGCCGCGGGGCGAGAGCCUGGCGUCCGCGACUUCUUGAAGCUGUGCGCCAGGGUCGACACUACCGGCGUGUUCGACCGUCAGGAUAAGGCUGAGGUAUCCAUGUCGAACGAGUGUGGUCCACAAGGAAAUGAUGUUGAAGAAGAUGGAGAAGAUGAUUAUCACCUCAACGACGAAGAUGGGUGGUUCUGCAGCGAGGCCCAGGCGCUCCCUGUUGUGGUGGAGUCUCUCGAUGUCUUCGCCGGUCACCUUACCACUAAGGAAGCUCGAGCACACGCGGCAGAGGUGAUUGCCGGUCUUUGGAACGUUCUCGCCUCCAAGGCAGUCGAGAUCGCCACCACUACCAGGCCAGAGUUUGUUGAAGCGCAAGACUACCUGAAGAUCGGCCGAGUCACGCUGCCGAAGGUGCCUCAGGCGAAAUGCGGCGGCACGGCAUCCUCUUCGUUCGCCCCCACGUCACACGCCCUCCGUCUCAUGGAAACCCUCGCUGCAUCCGCGCAAGCCUGCGAACCUGUUCUCCUGGUAGGGGAAACAGGGUGCGGCAAGACCGCUCUCGUCCAACGUCUCGCGGAAGGCACGGGGCGUAACCUGGUGGUGCAGAACCUUAGUCUACAGACCGACGGCGCCGACCUGUUGGGAGGAUAUCGACCCGUCGAACUGAGACAGCUGGCGGAGGUAAAGUCUAAUCAAUAG